AUGGAAGUUGGAGGUUGCAGAAGGGGCAGCAAAUUUUCAUCGUACGAGAGAUUGGCUGCCAUAGGGUUGGUGCUUCUGGCUGUGGCUUCUCCUAUCUACAUAGAUCGCAAAGCGGAGUGUGAGUUGGAAGACGAGGAGCAACCCAUCAACGGUGAAGUCUUCUUGCCUUUUCUCCUCAUUCUACUGAUUUCCUGCAUAGCUUUAUCGGCUUUUCUGGAUCGCACCCUAGCCGGCUUCGAUCGUUACUGGAUUUAUAGGGUUAUUGGUUCUUCUGGCGGUAUUCUUGCCAUUCUUACUCUUCUUUUUGUUAUUUUGAAUCUUAAAUCCUCUCUCUGA